GGCCUUCCUUUAUAACGUUGCUGCGUCGCCCAUAUCCGCUUGCAUCCAGGCCCCAUACUCGCAAUUUGUCUGGAUUCUGCCUGCCAUGGCCCCAAAACUUGUCCUCAUCCGCCACGCCCAGGCCCAGCACAACGCUACCAACGACUGGUCGAUACGUGACCCUCCACUAACCGAGCUCGGUGAGCAGCAAUGCCGCGAGCUGCACGAGCAUCUGAAGCAGACCGAGAUUGGCAACCAAAUUGAGCUCAUUGUCGUGAGCGCGCAAAGAAGAACGCUCCAAACCGCCGCCAUUGGACUCGACUGGCUCAUCAAAAAGGGCACAAAAGUCAUUCCCGACGCAAACUGGCAAGAAAAUGCAGACAAGCCCUGCGACACGGGGACCCCCCUCGACGUCAUUUCCAAGGAGUUCCCGCAGUACGACUUCUCCGUCGUCGACCCUUCAUUCCCAGACAAGACAACAAACGGCCCCAAGAACCCGUAUGCUUUUACCGAAAAGGCCAUUGUGGCGCGCGGCCAAAGAUGUCUCGAGGAUCUGUACUCGCGGCCGGAAAAGGUGAUUGCCGUAGUCUCACACUCUGGCUUCCUGCGCACCGCCAUAUGUAACCGCAUGUUUUUCAAUGCCGACUACCGUGUGUUUGACUUUGACGAAGAGGCCAUGAAGAAACAGCCGGGCACUUUUGUGCUCAAGGAGAGCGACGAGACAGACAAGAGUGGCGGUGGCAUGGGCAGGAGCGAGGUUGGUGUCUUUGGCAUCGUGCCUGGAGACUUUCCGCCAGAGGUGAAUGAGCAAGACGUGGCAAAGGAGGCAGACAAGGUGGACGACGAAGCUGUAAGAGAGAAGCCAAGUGCAUAAUCUGACUGAUGACACCCAAGUAUACACAAUUAUACACGUGGUCUGUCGGCGUUUGAUCUCCACCAAAUACCCUUUCUCCAGACAACAUCUAGCAAACCAAUUUGCAACGUGACUGCGCAU